ACCAACUGCCCGAGACAAGAACAACUCCAACUCCCAUCUCUCACUACGGCAACACUUUGCGAGCUGAGCCAUCAAAGCUCGGGGCGGAUGGCGGGGCGGCGGCAGAUCAAGAAGGAGUGGGUGCAGGCGGCGGCGGACGCGGCGUCGUGGUGCGUGGCGCUGUCGCUGGUGGCGAUGCUGGUGGUGGUGUGCACGCUGGGCGCCGGGGAAGGCGGGGGCGGCGCGCCGGUGGUGGUGGUGCGCGGCGCGGCGCUGUCGGCGCGGCCGUGCGAGGAGAUCUACGUGGUGGCGGAGGGCGAGACGCUGCACAGCAUCAGCGACAAGUGCGGCGACCCUCUCAUCCUGGAGCGGAACCCGCACGUGCACGACCCCGACGACGUCUUCCCCGGCCUCGUCAUCCGGAUCACGCCGUCCAAGCCCAGGUAGAUCGAUGGCGAUCCAUCGGUCGUCGUGAACCAAACAGAAUGCCGUUGCUGACUUGCUGCGGUGUCGUCAAGCCCCCUCUGCAUGAUGCCGCGUACGUACUAAUACGGUGUGCAGACUGCACUGCAGAGGGAGCGUAGCGAUGCAAGAGGACGCCAUGUACUGUUAAGUAUGCGUGAACAGCGUGUAGCAAGAAGCUCUGGACGAGGCCUCCAGCCUCCUGUGUGUAAAUUGUAAGGGACGCCGCGCUAGUGCUUCAAGUGAAUGAAGAGAUAAAAUUGUUGGCUUAUUUUUUUA